CCAGCAUUGAACUCCACUCGUCUGCAAGACGGACCGGUGCUGCAUCUCAUCCAGACGUCUGGCUGACCUUCACACCCAGCAACUUCAUCAGAGAGGAAUCUUUCUGUCAUAACCGCUCAAAAUGAAUCUGGAUCCUCACAAGAUUGAGAUCAAGUCGGCCACCCGUGUCACCGGAGGCCCCGCCACCCCACGCAAGGGCCCACCUAAGUUCAAGCAGAGGCAGACCCGCCAGUUCAAGAGCAAGCCUCCCAAGAAGGGAAUCCAGGGUUUUGGUGAUGAUAUCCCCGGGAUGGAAGGUUUAGGCACAGACAUCACCGUCAUCUGCCCCUGGGAGGCCUUCAAUCACCUGGAGCUGCACGAGCUGGCUCAGUACGGUAUCAUCUGAGCCGUCCUGCUCCUCCCUGUGAUGUUCCGAGGAUUACAGGCCACAUCCCAGCACCUCACACUAGAUCUGCCUCGGGCCUCAUCUCGCAGCUUUAAAUCCAAAAACCCACAGAAACAAACUACCACAUUGCACCGUAACAAACAGAAAAAAAAUGGAAAAGAGCAAAAAAAAAAAUCUGCAAAAAAAUCCAUCCUGUCAUUCUUCUCUUGAUCUCUUCUUCUGAUUCUGCAUUUUCACAUAAAUAAUCUGCUCAUUUUUAGGAUCUUUAGCUUUCAUCUUCACCAGAUCUGCACAGUUACUCUGAGCUUUUUCUCUUACUUUAAUCUUCUUCUCUCUUCUCCUCUUUUCUAACUGUCACAACAUAUACGCAUGCAAGGCAGCCUCAAGUUGAGUUUAAGUGACAAACCCGUGAAGAGGUUGGGUUCCUUCUUCAUGUGCUUUGAGGGCCUCUUUUACCAUCUCAAAGGCUUUUCCAUCAACACUGCAGAUAUAAUAACUGAUACUGUAGAGAGUGGACGACAUUUCAGUGAGAUAACGUUCAUAAAUCAUGAUCAGAAAUCCCUCUUAUCCCUUUGUUUGGACAAAAGAUGCUUCACAUAAAUCUCCUUCUGAUUUGUCUUUAAAGUUUCUACCACCAAUAAGUUGUUGUGUGAUGUUUGAGGAGAGUAAAGAGUUCAUCUCUUUU